UCUACACUCUGUCCAUCUCUAGCUCUCUUGCUUUUAUCUAUAACCUUACUCCAUAGCCAAACGCUUUUGCAGGAGCGAUCGAGAAAGAGAGAGAGAUCUCUCUCCAAUCUUAUCGCAAGAAGCAACACUGGUUUGAAUUAGGUCAACAUGAUGAACCUCAUGCCACAAUCAUUCCGAUCAGAAAUGGGUAUGUACGACAUUGAAAUAGAAGGUGCAAACGUUAAGGUAAGCAUAGUCGAUGAUCCUGAUUUGGUUGAUACUAAGAUGGAUGAGUUAAGAUCUUCUUUACUAUCUCAAAAAAAUAAAAUAAAAAAGAUCUUCAUUACAAACUUCAGAAAGGCGUUUCUCAAAAACAAAAAAAAAACUUCAAAAAGGAAAGUUGUUGGACUCGACAUUAAGUUUGUCAAAACUGAUGGGAAUUUAAAUAUUGGCAAGCUUUUGCUUCUCUGUGUUGGGAGUCAUUGCUUGAUGAUCCAAUUACCCGACUCGGAGCACAUAUCUCGUACCCUUGGGCGGUUUCUGUCUGAUGAGACUAUAUGUUUUCUGGGAACCGGAAUGAGCAACAUAGUUUCAGAGCUAGGCAGCUUUUCUUUUUGUACACAGAGAAAAAAGAGAAGGAACUUUGACGUUAGUGUAUAUCAUAGGGUGUCUGUAAACACAGGUGUUGAAGUAGGCUUUUUGGCUGCUAAAAUUCUGAAGAAACCCAAUGUUGAGAAUUAUGGAUUAGCAGAGUUGGCAGGUGAAGUUGGAAUGGAUAUAAAGGAACCAAUUGGUGAAUGUCCUAACUGGAAUGCUAAGGUGUUCUCACAUGAAGAGGUCAAGUAUGCAGUGCACAAUGCCUAUACUUCUUAUGUUAUUGGGAAUAAGCUCCUUGAUAUGCUCUAAGCCUCUAAGGCCAUCUUGUCUAUGGGUUUGACUGCUUUAAUUCUGUUGUUAUAUAUGCUAUAUAUGCUAAUGUUGCAUGUGAUUUGUGUAAUUCGAACUACUUUAAUGAAAUUUCUGGUUGUGCUCGGUU